GCGCCAUUAUCUCCGGAGACUCGCUCAUUCCUUCCACCUUAAUUAGUACAAACCGCCCUCACCUUUUCAAAUCUGACAUGACGAAUUGACUGAAGUCAUUUUCAGAACGAAACUCACGGAAACUCAUCAUGUCCGAUCCCAAAGUCUUAGUUCAAUCCCUCACUCCGUCCGCUGUGCAGGAUGCCCAUUCCCUUAUCCAGCCCUAUGUGCACCGCACGCCUCUCCUCACCAACCAAACCCUCAACAACAUCGCUUCAACCCCGCAAUCCCCGGAAGCUUUGAACGGAACCCCCUCCGAAGGACAAUCGCCCGCCAACCCCAAGUUUCGAUUCUUCUUCAAAUGUGAGAACUUCCAGCGGAUCGGCGCCUUUAAAGCCCGAGGCGCGUUCCACGCCUUGCUGCGACUUGUCGAAGAGCGGGGUCACGAGGAAGUACAGAGGCGCGGGGUGAUCACGCAUAGCUCAGGGAACCAUGCCCAGGCCCUUGCUCUCGCCGCCUCCACCCUCAAUGUCCCCGCCUACAUCAUUAUGCCCAGUAUCAGCACACCGUCAAAGAUUGCGGGAACGCGCUCCCAUGGCGCAGAGGUCAUCUUCAGUGGAUCGACGAGUGUGGAGCGGGAGGCUGUCGUCGAAGAAGUGCAGGCAAGGACGGGGGCGAUCUUGGUGCCACCGUACGAUGAUUUCAACAUCAUCUGCGGGCAGGGAACAACGGCCCUGGAGCUGGAGGAGCAGUAUAAGGAGCUUGUUACGGAGAAGCCGCACCUGAGCGUCCACCAGGAAAGUCCGGUGCUCGAUGCUGUGAUCACUCCGGUCGGUGGUGGUGGUCUCAAUGCCGGUGUCGCAACCUUCUUCUCUGAUAAGACGACCAAGGUGUUUGGUGCCGAGCCUAGCUUCGAGGGUGCAGAUGACUGUGGGCGCGGUCUUGCGGCCGGGGAACGCGUUUCAGCAGUGUCGACCUUAACCAUUGCGGACGGAUUGCGCACACCCGUUGGCCUCUUGAACUGGGAGGUGAUUGCAGAUAAGAACAAGGUGGCUGGUGCUUUUGCCGUGACGGAGGAGCAGAUCAAGGCCGCGAUGAGAUUGGUCUUGGAGCGUAUGAAGGCUGUUGUUGAACCGAGUGCCGUCGUGGGGUUGGCGGUUUGUCUGUAUAAUGAGGAGUUCCGACGUCUCGUGGAGAAGGAAGCUCCCAGCGGCUGGGAUGUGGGCAUUCUCUUCAGCGGAGGCAACACAACAGUCGAAGCAAUUGCAAAGCUGUAUGGCUGAGUGUUGUGGAUGUAUGAGAGCGGCGUCGUCU